GCUUUGUUUUUUUAAACACUUGAUUUCCGACUAAAGGUCAUUCUGUAGCCUGAAUGUGACAGUGCAAAACAAUUUACAUUUUUUAUUCUGUUACAAUUUUAGCGUUUGAAUUUCAUAUUAAUAAAUUUUGAAACAUAGAAGCAUAAGUCGCCUGUGUUAGUUUAAAAACCUUACAGUUUUUCUCUACCUGUCAUAACAGAGGGUGCAUAAAAUGCAGAAAUGCAGGGCAUGAGGGAACUACUAAAAAGACAAAUUAAAAACAACAUCUACAUCAUCAGGCUACAAAUCAGAUGGCUCACAGACAUGAUAUCAAACGUAGCUAUGUUAUAAUGUGUCGGACAAACGUAGUUUGAAUGUCUGCAAGGACAUACAAUGUAUUACAGAUAAGCAAAUGCCUUUAACUGGACGUCUCUUGAAUGUCAAAUGAAGCAAGUGGUGCUCACUGCAGAGCCAUUUGGGCAGAGCUGAGCUCCAGCGAGGGGGAACAUGAGCUCUCGCUCCUCCUCCUUCAGCAGACAUCUCCGCUAUGUGCUAUUUGUUUGUUUGUCUCCGUUUUUGUUCUCCGCUACAUGUGCUAUUUGUUCUUUUUUUGACACCAAAGUUCAACUUUUGUGCUCCAGAAAAGAAAAAGAUGAAUAUGGACAAUUAUUGUAAAUGUCUAAUGUUUAACUUAACGUUAUUAUCAAUUAUAAUACCAUAUGUCACAUUUUCAAACUCCUCAAGCUAUAUUAUUACAACAGAUAGUGAAGGGUUAAAUAGUGAGUCUUUUUGUCCAGCCCUCCCUCUCAUUCCGGUGUCGUUAACCUCAUUUUUCUUUCUAAGUCCAUAAUGGCUGUUUGUUUUGCUUUGAGCUCUGCAGAAAGGCUCGGAUGGUGUUUUCUGAGACCCACGGCAGCGGCCACAGGCUUCAGGAGUGCAGCAGGAAAUGCUGCGGCUGCUUCUGUCAGUGUCCAGGACGGCCACAGAAAGCUGAAGACUGAGGCUGACCUUCCAGAGAUCAAAAUCUUUACCAUGUUGUAUCAAAUGCUCUUCAAAGGUUACCUCAACAGCGUACAUGAGCUACAGUUAUAUCAAAAACAGGUUUAUGGCCCCUUGUGGAAAAUUAAUGCUGGAAACCUCCAAGGCAUUUCAAUAAGCAGUGUGGAGCUGCUGGAAGAACUCCUUCGAAAAGAUGAGAAAUAUCCAUGCAGAGGAUACAUGACUCUGUGGACAGAGCACCGGGACUUAAGAGGCAUUAGCUAUGGCCCUUUCACAGAAGAAGGAGAGAAAUGGUACAAACUGCGGGCGGUGCUGAACAAACGCAUGCUUCAUCCAAAGGACUCGGUUCAGUAUGGAGAUGUGGUGAAUGCAGUGAUCACAGACUUCAUCAAACGCAUUUACUAUCUGCGGGAGAUGAGUCCUACAGGGGAUCUGGUGUCUAAUCUGACCAAUGAGCUUUACCGAUUCUCUCUUGAAGGGAUUGCGUCCAUUCUCUUCGAGACGCGCAUUGGCUGUCUGGAGAAAGAAAUUCCUGCUGAGACACAAAAGUUUAUUAAUUUCAUUGCUCAAAUGUUCACCUACAGCAUGCACGUGGCCCUUCUGCCCAACUGGACCCGCAAAUAUUUCCCAUUCUGGCAGAAGUACAUUGAUGGCUGGGAUGGCAUAUUCAAGUUCGGCACAAAAAUGAUUGACAUGAAGAUGGAGGCCAUUCAGAAGCGUGUAGAUACCAAUCAGGAUGUUGCUGGAGAGUAUCUCACAUACCUGCUUUCUAAUGGCAAGAUAAGCAGGAAAGACGUUUAUGGAAGUGUAUCUGAGCUGCUGCUGGCUGGAGUCGACUCAACCUCCAACACCAUGUUGUGGGCUCUUUAUCUUCUCUCAAAAGACCCAGAAGCUCAGGAGACUUUGUAUCAGGAGGUAACCAAGGUCUUAAAGGAUGACAGAAUCCCAACAGCAGAAGAAGUGAACAGCAUGCCUUUCCUCAAAGCUGUCAUCAAGGAAACAUUAAGACUGUAUCCGGUGGUGCCUGUAAAUUCCCGUCUUAUUGCAGAAACUGAAGUCGUCAUUGGUGAAUACUUUUUUCCUAAAAAGACAACAUUCACUUUGUGCCACUAUGUAAUCAGCCGUGAUGAGAAAGUCUUCCCAGAACCACAGAAGUUCAAACCUGAGCGCUGGCUGCGAGACGGCAGAACCAGACCAAACCCGUUUGGGUCAAUCCCAUUUGGAUUUGGAGUCAGAGCCUGUGUCGGUCGUCGCAUUGCUGAACUGGAAAUGCAUCUGGCUUUGGCAAGGCUAAUCAAGUUGUUUGAAAUGCGACCAGACCCGACUGUAGGUGAAGUUAAGGCAAACUUUCGUUCAGUGCUUGUUCCCAACAAAAAGGUCAAUCUGCACUUUGUGGAGAGACAGAAGACUGAAACAUAGCUCAACUAGACAUGAGCUGCAUAUGUACAUAAGGAAUUAUCAGCUGAAGUGAUUCAUGUGAAUUUGUCAAUGGCUUUAACUGAAUAUGAUUCUUCUUUUCUUUGUUAAAGACCCUGUACAAGAGUAUGAAGAAUAUACUUUGUCACCCAAUAAUAUUUAUUUCAUUGUGAUGAUAGCCAUGAAAAUAUUUUAUAGAUGUUAAAAUCAAUUAAACUUUAUAAUGAAUUCAAAA